AUGUCUUCUCCCAUUGCCACCUCCAGCCCUUUGAUGGCUAUGGCGCCUAAAAGGAAGACGAAGAAGAAACACUUUGUGCAGCAGAAAGUGGAGGUUUUCCGAGCCAGUGACCCCGUGUUGAGCGUGUUGAUGUGGGGAGUCAAUCAUUCGAUUAAUGACCUGAGCCAAGUGCCUGUACCUGUCAUGCUGCUCCCAGACGACUUUAAAGCCAGCACCAAGAUCAAAGUCAACAACCACCUCUUCAACAAAGAGAAUCUCCCUGGACAGUUUAAAUUCAAAGAGUACUGUCCACAGGUGUUCAGAAACCUGCGAGAGCGCUUUGGCAUCGAGGAUCAAGAUUACCAGGUGUCUCUGGCCCGCAGUCCUCCGCUUAAAGAUGAGGAGGGGAAGUGCGUGGGGCUGCUGCUGACAUCAUACGACCGCACUUUAGUAAUCAAAGAAAUCUCCAGUGAGGAGGUGGAGGAGAUGCACAACAUACUCUCUGAGUAUCACCAGCAUAUUGUCACGUGUCAUGGCAGUACAUUGCUCCCUCAGUUCCUGGCAAUGUACAGGGUCACUGUGGAGAGCGAGGACACCUACCUGUUAGUGAUGAGGAACAUGUUCAGCCACAGACUGCAUGUACACAGGAAGUACGAUCUCAAGGGUUCCCUGGUGUCUCGUGAAGCAAGUUUUAAAGAGAAGGUGAAAGAACUGCCCACAUAUAAGGAUGUAGACUUCAGGAAUAACAUGCAAAAGGUUUAUGUGAGUGACGAGGAGAAGGAGAAAAUCAUGGACAAACUAAACAGAGAUACUGAGUUUCUGGUGUGUAUGAGGAUCAUGGACUACAGCCUGCUGCUGGGUAUCCAUGAUGUCGAGCGGGCUGAGAGGGAGGAGGAGGAGGAGAUGAUGGAGUCGUCCUGUGAGGAGGAAGAAGAGGAUGAAAAUGGCUUGGCUCCUGCUCCAAGCUCCACUUCACCUGAGGGUAUCGCUGGCUACAUGAACUCCUUCAAACCCAUGGGUCCCGGGGAGUUCGACCCUUAUGUGGACGUGUAUGCUAUUCAAAGUACUGAAGGUGCACCCCAGAGGGAGGUGUAUUUCAUGGGUCUGAUUGACGUGCUGACGCAGUACGACACCAAGAAGAAAGCUGCUCACGCUGCAAAGGCUGUCAAACACGGGGCAGGAGCAGAAAUCUCGACAGCGCAUCCAGAGCAGUACGCUAAACGUUUCAAAGAGUUCAUCACUAAGAUCUUUGCCUAG